UCUCUCUCUCUCUCUCUCUUUCUCUCUCCUUAAUUUCCUCCUCUCUCUAUAAUCCUUUCCUCUCCAAAAACAAACCUGCAACAUCUAUUCCACCAUCAUCGGGGAACCCCUUUCCGACUAUGCGCUCAACCUCUCUAUCUCCAUUUAAACCUUCAGCGAUCUAGAUACGCUCCGGUCACUCAACGGCGGCUCGUGUCUCCACUGCUCGGAGCUCUGUUUCUCUGUCCAACACAUACCGAUACGAACUGGAACCAGGUUGUUACUCGUGAAGCAAUAUGUAACAAGCCAGUAGACAAUAGCUAUGAAACUUCAUUGGUGAGUUGGGUCCUUCCUUACGCUCAACGUUACAUUUCUAAUUCGUAUCGUGAAAGAUAUCUUCAACUCAAGUUGGCUGGAUUUGAGAAAGUAAAUCGGCUGCAGAUUGUUGUUGUUGAAAAGUUGUAUUACAAGAAUGUUAUAAAGAGGUCAAAGUUGGUGUCAAAGAAGAGACAUGAUUGUAUCUGCCUUCUUCAGUCAACGGUGAUCCUGACCUACACUUGGCAAAUUUUCUUCACAUGAUUACAUGUAUGAAUAAAUCGGGUUCUAAAGAGAAACAAAUAGAAAGUUUCAUCUUGAAUAGUCAGAAGGUGCCAAAGCUAUCAGAUGAAGAACCAGUAUGGUCAAUUCAAUCUAUGGGAGUCAUCAGCUACGAAAGGUGUUCCUAAAAGAUCCGUUAGGCCCAGUUCAUCAUCCCAAAGUAACAGAAGCCAGAAUCCCCCUAAAUCCAUUUCCUCGCGUGCUAAUAAAUCGAAGAUGCAAUAUGUAAUUAAGCGAGUUGAUCUAAAUGUACCAACUACUGAUGAUGCAGAAAGUCUACAUGCUUCUAAGUGUUUGAACCAUGAGGGUCAUGAUGGAACCAACGCGGUUAAUUCAGUCGAUGCUGAACAUGGUUUGGUUGACCAAGAUGGUUUUUUGGGUCACGGGGGAACAAACGCGGUUGACACGAUCAUUGUUGAACAUGAUUUGGUUGACCAAGAUGGGUUUUUGGGUUUUAACCAGAAGGACCAGCUUUCACAUGGCCGAGUCAAUGUGAAACAGGCGUCUCUUACAGGGAGACGAGGUGAGGAACUGGCUUUUAACUACUAUAAAAACAUGGGUAUCAAAGUUGUGAAAUGGGUAAAUGAAUGUAGUGAAACUUGGCUACCAUAUGAUAUUGAAGUUUGUGAUGAUGAAAACCGGAAGGAAUACAUUGAAGUCAAAACAACUGAUUCUAAAACAAAGGACUGGUUUGAGAUAUCAGUUAGAGAGUGGCAGUUUGCAGUUAAGAAAGGUGACUCUUUUAGCAUAGCCCGUUUUGUUUUGUUGGGUGAUAAAAGGGCUCGAGUUACUGUAUUUAAGAAUCCGGCUAGGCUUUGUCAGCUCGGUCAACUAAAACUGGCUGUAUUGAUGUCAGAGAAGCAGAAGGAUGAGUUUGUUCUUUGUUGAUAUAUAGGUUAGCUCUAUGUUGUUGCAUAUAUUGUGUAUCAAAUAUGUUAAUAUCUAGAGUAAAAUGCCAAAAUGGUCCCCGAGUUUAGGCAACUUUUGCCACUUCAAUCGAAAAAUAUGAAACCUUUUGUAUUUGGGUCCUGAGGUUUCAUUGUUUUUGUCAUUUUCAUCCAAUUUGACAAACUGGGUUAGAAUUUUCUUCUAACUUCCCCCUUUUGUCGUUUUCCUUAUUUAAAUGAAGGGUAUAAUCGUCAUUUUAUGUUAUAACAUAUUUUAAUUAACCGAGGAAAACGGCAAAAAGGGGAGAA